AUGGGUAGCGACAUCGCAGAGAAGGAGACCUCGGCAUUGGAGGUCGAGGCGCACGCCCCCUCGACGGGCGGACCUGUCUACGAUGUCGACGAGAAGGUCGACUACGACAGAUCGGGCGCCAUCGAUGCCGAGAAGGUCGAACAUGAUAUGACUGUGCUCCAGGCUGUCAAAGCCUAUCCCGCAGCCAGCUGGUGGGCAUUCCUGAUGUCAUGCACCAUUAUCAUGGAGUCAUACUGUGUCUUCUUAAUGGGACAGUUUGUAGCCAUGGAUCAAUUCGCCCGGCAUUUUGGCGUACGCAGCACAGUCAAAGACGAGUGGAUUAUCGAAGCUUCAUGGCAGUCCGCAUUCCAGUGCAGUGGGCCAGUUGGUGCCUUCAUCGGUGUCUUCAUCGCAGGUCCCAUUACCAGUUGGAUCGGAUAUCGAUGGGCAACCAUUGGUGGUCUCAUGUUCUUGAACGCCUUCAUCUUCAUCUUCUAUUUCGGCAACAGCCAGGGGGUGCUUUUAGCGUCCCAGAUCCUGGAAGGCAUUCCGUGGGGCAUUUUUAUCGCCAAUGCACCCGCCUACUGUUCCGAAAUUGUGCCAAUGAGAUUGAGGGCUCCAGCGACGCAGAUGUUGCAGAUGUUCUGGGCCAUUGGAUCGAUCAUCGUCGGUGGUAUCACUUACCACUACCAAUCCAGGCCGGACGCAUCAUCGUACAGAGUUCCCAUUGCACUCCAGUGGAUGUUUCCUACUCCCCUCGCUAUCCUGAUUUUCAUUGCGCCUGAAUCACCCUGGUGGCUCGUACGUAAGGGCCGUCUGGCUGAGGCAGAGAAGGCUAUCAAACGCCUCGGGCGCGCGAGUGCGAAUGAGAAUCCCGCUGACGCAGUCGCCAUGAUGCGUCGCACGAUCGAACUCGAGAAGAACGAGAAGAAGCCCAGUCUCGUGGAGCUGUGGAAGGGGACCGAUCUCUACCGCACAUUGAUUGUGUGCGGUGUGUACGCAUCUCAGAAUCUGACGGGAAAUCUGAUUGCUAACCAAGCUGUUUACUUUUUCAAACAGGCCGGCAUGGUGGAAAACACCGCAUUUGCGCUUGGUCUCAUCACUUCUGCCCUCCAGGCGGUAAUGGUGAUGCUCUCCUGGAUCUUGACCACAUACGUCGGCCGACGCACCAUCUACGUCUACGGUCAAUUAAUUAACUGUGUAUUCUUGAUCGCGCUCGGUAUUGCGGCAUCAGUUGGCCGUAGUGACGCGGCUAGCAAUGCGCAGGCAUCACUUGGCUUGAUCGUCUCCGUCCUGUUCUGCUUGGGACCUGCCCCUGCUUCAUGGGUCAUCAUCGGCGAGACUUCUUCCGUUCGUCUCAGGCCACUCACAACCGGCAUUGGAAGAGGUGCCUACUACGUCGUCAAUAUUCCCUGCAUCUUCCUUGCCAGCUACAUGCUCAACACUGAUAAAUGGGACCUGGGCGGCAAGAGCGGGUACGUCUGGGCUGGUACAGCCUUUAUCUGCACCGCCAUGGCUUGGCUCUGGGUUCCGGAGAUGAAGGACAGAUCCUUCCGUGAGAUCGACAUUCUGUUCCGCCGUCGUGUUCCUGCUCGGAAGUGGAAGCAGACAGUCGUCGAUAUCCGCGAUGACGAGUAG